AUGGCAAAGAAGAACAGCCACAAAGAUACCUCGGGGGUUGUGUUCGACACUCGCUCCAAGAUGGUGAUGUCGCAGGGAGGAACAGCAGAGAGGAUGAAGGAGAAGAUCAGUGCUGUCAGAGCUGUGGUUCCAAACAAAAGCAACAAUGAGAUCGUUCUGGUGCUACAACACUUUGAGAACUCUGUGGACAAAGCUGUCCAGGCUUUUUUAGAAGGCAGCGCUGCAGAGAUCCUGAAAGAGUGGAACGUCACGGGUAAAAAGAAGCCCAAGAAGAAAAAGAAGCCAAAGCCAGCUGAGCAGGCAGAGGCUGCAGAGGCGGCGGAGGCAGCAGAGGGCGCUGUGGAGCCGGGCGAUGAGCUGAAUGGUUUCCAUGGUAACGGCUCAGUCCUGGACGAGUCUCUGGAUUCUCUGAGUGAGCAGCUGGAUUCUGCUUCUCUCGAUGCGGCUGAACUCGACUCUGAAGCCGCAACCUCUGAAAACACAGGGCACGCCCACAGCACCUUCACACAGAAGCAGAAGGGAGAGAACAGCAGCACACAGGGAAAGGCAACUCUGAUGCACGUAACACCCCCACCCUUAUAA